CAUUUACAUCCUUUCUGGUAUUUUACUUUCACAUUCUUCCCCGCAAUCGGAAGGCCUGAACAUGGGCUACAGGAAGCCCUCACUGAUGUUUAUGCCGUAUCAUUUGCUACCCUCUCCUCCCCCGCCAUCAAAGUGGUAUCGGGCUCCACGUUCCCCACUCUGACCCCAUCCCCCGCAUGCCGAUUUAACAACCCCGUCGAAGUAUAUAUACCCUUCCAUCUACGUUGGCUUCGCUAUUGUAAAAUCUAUGACAAUCUAGUUCUUCUUGUUCCUUCAUCAUGGCUGGAAAAGGCAACAUCUUUGUGAGCCGUCAGUCAUGGGCUGCGGCAACCCCACGACUCAUCUAUGCGUGCUUAGUUUACUCUAUGGGAAGCAUCUUCUUUGGAUAUGACGGGGCUUCUUUUGCUGGCGUGCAAGCCUUUACUCCUUUUGCACGAAAAUUCGGAGAGUUCAACGCAGCCAAACGCAUUUACGCCUUACCUCCUGCGCUUGCAUCGCUGAUGAACAGCCUUGCUUUAAUUGGCAAAUUCUUGGGAACUCUGCUCGUCGGGCCCCUGAUCGAAAAAUUAGGACACAAGAAAACGAUGCUCAUCACUUGUGUUACUCAAAUCGUUGGGGUUAUCAUCCAGGUUACCAGUUCAACACCGGCGCAAUAUACAGUUGGUCGAGUCAUCAUCUACACAGCGGUCGGAUUAGUUGAAAAUGUGGUACCCACAUAUCAAACCGAGAUCUCACCUGCUCCUCUACGUGGAUUCUUUGUUGGAUCAAUUCAACUCUUUCUUACGUUUGGGUCACUCAUCGCCGGCAUCGUCAACAAUUCGAUGUCAACUAGCAAAACCGAUGCUGGAUGGAUCAUCGCUACUGCUUUGCAGGUUCUACCUGCUAUAAUAAUUUUAGUUGGAAUUCCAUUUACACCUAACUCCCCCCGCUGGCUCGUUAGUAAAGAUCGUAGCGAGGAAGCUCUUAGUGUCCUCCAGAAGCUUCGACGUGAAGAGGAUGUAGCAAAUGGGAUUUGCGAGUUCGAGCUUGCAGCGCUUCGAGAGGAAGGCACGAAGAUUACACACAAACAACCUUGGGUGGCUCUGUUUAACAGCAAAAACAGAAGACGAACUGGCAUCGCAGUGAGCAUCAUGUCUCUUCAACAAUUGACUGGUGUUACAUUUAGCAGCUCCUAUGGCCCUACAUUUUACAGACAGGUUGGACUCGGAGGGAAGGCAUUUGUCUAUGCUGCCGUCAACAACGGAGUAUCAGUCGUUACCGCCAUCAUAGGUAUGCUGGCGCUCGAUGCAUUUGGCCGUCGAGAAGUCACAUUCUGGGGAAACUGGAUCCAAGCUCUGUUCCUUUGUCUCAUUGGUGGUAUUGGCUCUAAGGCAAACCGCACCCAAUCAGAGACCGAUGGGAUGGUCGCAUCAUUCAUCCUUUACGCCGCGGCCCUUCAUGCAACACUUGGGCCAGCAGCAUAUAUUACGGCUGCAGAGAUUGGUACUGCAUCUCUUCGAGAGAAGACAAUGGCUUUCUCUACUGCCAUAAAUGUUGUCGUCGGUUUUGUGGUGGUUUUUACGACUCCAUAUCUGCUCUCUGCGCCUUAUGCCAACCUCGGGGCUAAAUUAGGAUACGUUUGGGGAGGAUUUGCUGCUCUUGGUGCUGUGUGGGUAUGGUUCUGUAUGCCUGAGCUCAAGGGUCGUAACUUGGAGGAAAUAGAUCAACUCUUCGAUGCUAAUAUUCCAGCGUGGAAGUUCAGCUCUUUUAAAACACAGGGUAUGUCGCAUGACAUGGCACUCUUUGAGAACCAGAAUGAAAAACUUGAGAUGGAUGACCUUGAGCACGCCGAGGAUGUCGAUGCCAAUGCAAACCCCAAGGUUUGAGAGAUAGG